CCCGAUCCGCGUAUCAUCAGUCAGUCUGACUAAAUGAGCCCUUGCAGACUGUUCCACCUGAAAAACGACAGGUAGUAGGUAACGUGAUGCCUUACAUAAUGCCUAGAGUGAUACAGGACUGAAUGAGGGCGAUGCUGCUACAAUACACCUGCUCCAUGAUACAUUAGGUACCUAUUUGGACAGAAUACACAUUUUCGUUCAAGUUACCGUAAGUUAAGCUGUAAGACUAAACUAGAAACAGCCAUUCGAACACGUCAGUGUUCAAAAACAAAGGAGAAAUCAACAACGGCAACAAGAAAGAGCGGAUCGUGGCUUAUGAGAGGGAGCGUCCAGCUUUACUCUCCUGCCGACCAGCUUGAUCCGCAGCACCGGGAGGCAAGAUGCCAGUCCAGAUACCGGACGACACCGAUUUCUUAUCUUUUCGAGAUCAGUGUGAAAGUCAGGAUGGCUGGGUCACCCGUUUUAACAAAGGAGGAGUGACUGUGUGGUGUCGAGACGAGGAGAGCAAAACUGUACAGAAGCUCAAGAUGAGAAUUGUUUGCAAGGAUGUGACAGCAGAGACACUCUAUGAUGUCUUGCACGACACAAGCUACCGGAAAAAAUGGGACACAAACAUGAUUGACACAUUUGAUAUUGGAAGACUGACAGUUAAUGCAGAUGUAGGAUAUUAUUCCUGGAAAUGUCCCAGUCCAUUGAAGAACAGAGACUUUGUCACUAUGCGGUCAUGGCUUCCUCUUGGCAAUGACUAUCUGAUAAUCAACUACUCUGUCAAACACCCGGAAUUCCCACCAAAGAAGGAUUAUGUCAGAGCUGUGUCUUUACUCACCGGCUACUUGAUCCAAUCCAGUGGAGCAAAUUGCUGUACCCUUUAUUACUUAACGCAAGUGGACCCACGAGGGUCUUUACCCAAGUGGGUUGUGAAUAGGGUCUCGCAGUUUGUGGCACCAAAGGCCAUGAAAAAGAUUUACAAAGCAUGCCUAAAAUACCCAGAGUGGAAACGGAAACAUGACCCAAAUCUGAAGCCUUGGAGGUACCCAGAGCAGAACACUCUGCACUGCAUCAAUGUGGCUGACCUGACGGUGCAGAGAGCAGAUUCACUGGAGAACAUCGAUGAGAGCAGUGUGAGUGAGGAGAAGGCUCAGCACCACAGUGAUGAUGAGGAGACCUAAGAUCACUCACAGUCAAUCUCUCUGUGCUGUUCUACAUCUGUUAGAGCAUGGCAGAGGAUGUGUGUGGAUGUGAAAGUGAGUGUGUACCAUCCUCAGUGUAGGAUGUAUCCCUUACUUUCAUUCUGUAAAUGGUACACUGCUUUCUUGGAUUGAACAACAUAACAUGAUAUUGUUUUACAGAUAUUUUGGCAUUUAAAGAUUACUCUGUCCAUACAUUAAGACAGUGUCUGACUGUAUUGGACAUAUGACAUAUUAUAGUCUGAACAAUUGAGACUUCACGUUUUAUGGUGUAUGAUAUAAUCAUUUGACAUAAAAACAGUAUAAAUAAACGUUUUGGCUCUUGAACAUGGCAUUAUUCUGUAACACAUUUGUGGAAAAUCUCUGUCUGAAAUUGUUUGAAAAAAGGUUUCAUGCAAAUAUUUUGCAUUAGUGCAACUUAAACCUUUAUUUAAUUACAUGGCAUCAACACAUUUGAAACACAACUAGGACAUAACCAAAAAUUCUAAACUGAAGGAUCAAAUGGAUAAAUAGGAAUCGGUCUUUGAAAGCCAUUUUUUGAUCAACCAGAAAUCAAAAUAUUGGCCCCCCUUAAUGUCUAUAGUGGUUAUAGCUUUGUUUAUAACUAAUAGCACCUUAAUAUUUCAGCCCAGCUUCUGAGAUGAAGUUUUCCAGUGUUGAGUUUUGCAGAUAGCAAGGUUUUCCAACUUUUUAUCUUCACUGAGAGAAAGAUCUGUGUGUGUGUUGUAAGACCUCGGGGGGUGCAAAAAAGUUCUGUUUAAUACACUUGGAUAUUUGUGUGUGAGUGUGUGUCAUUUUGGCUGAUCAAUCCCUCAAUGUUUUCCUUGUCUGAAAAUAAAAAGUUUGGUCUUGCAUUUUUCAAAUGGAAAAAAA